UCCAGACAAGGCGACAUCAUGGGACUAAUUUUGACAUUUGUGAAAGUAUAAAAUUGCGUAAAAUGACUCUUUAAGCACCCUAUCACAAUGUCAUACCACAGAGGAAAUGAUCUUCUGGACAAGCUUUCGGUUCUUCUUCAGUUACACGGAGAUCCUAUAUUAAGGCAAGAGAGUCAGUUGUGCUUAACAGCCACAUCACUUGCAUUCCUAAAUCAGUGCUUUGAAAGCAUAUCAGAUCAACAAGGUAUACACGAGCAGGGAAAUGUCUUCAAUCACCAGCAAAUUGUUGAUAACAAAGACAGGAAAGCUAUUACAUUCCUUCAUGACUUUCUUAGAAGGACACCUUCUCUACGGCUUGUACCAGGAGCAUGUUCCCAUUUUGAUGGACUUAUCAACGUUUCUUGUUUCCGAGCAUUGCAAGUGCUAGAGAUCAAGAAAGUUCCAGUAGGAUUCAUCACAGGAAUUCAAAGUUUAAGACCCCAACUCAAGACACUUGCAUGUAAAAGGUCACUUAUCUCACUUAAUGAAGUGUUUGAUCGCUGUGGUGGAGAUCUCUCCACUGCCCCAUCAGCUUGGCCUCAACUGAAAAAUGUGGAUUUGAGUUACAAUGGCAUUGUGCAAGUUGAUGAUUCUGUGAAACUAUUGCCAGCAGCUGAAGUCCUAAAUCUUAGCCACAACAGUAUUAAUAUCACUGAAGAUGAUGAGUCCUUGGUUAAUUGGGAGUAUUUGUCUGACAUCCAACACUUGAACUUGGGAUUUAACCAGUUAGAAUGCAUUCCUGUGCCACCAGCUCAAGGCAGAACAUUGAUCUUCAAGAACAUGACCACACUUUUAUUAAAAAAUAACAACUUGCAGAAUUUGAAAGGUCUCCAGGCAUUCUCCAAGUUACGAGUUCUUGAUGUUUCUUUUAACUGCAUAGCAGCUUUAUCAGAACUUGCACCACUAGCUUUCCUUCAUGACCUUAUAUCAUUAAACCUUCAAGGAAAUCCUGUUGUAUUCUGUGCUUACUACAGACGAGCUACAAUCGCAUGUUUAUAUCCUAUACCUCGUGUUGAACCAAUCAAACUUGAUGGGAAGCCUCUAGACUCUGAAGAGCAAGUGUUACUUGGUAGAAAUGUGCAUCCAGUGUCCAUGUUAUCUUAUAUCCCUGAAACAUCUGUGACGCACCAUCGAGUUAAAACCAUCAGGAAAGUCGAGGAAGAUUUAAUGGAGUCAUCAGAGUCUCAAGAAGAGUCAAAUUCUCCAUCUAAACCUAGAAAACCCAAGAGGAGAAACAAGAAAGGACGCAGAGUUGUGACCAGGGAAAUAGACUUCGAUGAUGACAAGGAAGGACUGACCUCACCUACUGAUGAACUGCUCACAGGCCCGUCGACAUCGACUGCUACGCCUAUUGAUCAAGCUUUGGAACAUGCCAAUGAUGUGGAAGACCUAAAAAAAUUGAGGCAGCUGGGUGGAGAAGGAUGGUUACCAGCCAUUGACCAUGUAGUUCACGCACAAGAACAGGAACAAAUAGCCCCUGUCAGUGUACAUGUGUCUGCUGAAUCUUUGUUAGAUCACGCAUCAAGUGUCAUUCGCACAGAGUCCACUCAGAGUUUUACGGAUAAUACAAUAGAGAUAAACAGUCCCUCGAGUACUUUCAGUAUUCUCUCGGAUGAAGAUAUCCCAGAUGGGCACCAUUUUGUCGUGACAGUAAAGUCACCGUUAGAUGAGGCUGAAGGUGGUGAUGAGAACCUGUUUCUGACGGUCAGGGAUAACUUCAUUAUAGAGAAGAACUUUGCGGGCAAGGUCAUUUCCCGACUGGAAACAAGUUUAUUAAGAGAUGUAAACGUGGGUCGGACGGAAGAUAAUCAUUCAGUUAUACAUCUGAGGUUUGACUACAUAAAUCGUGAGCGACAAAGCCGAGACUAUACAAUGGAGGACUACGAAACUGCUGUGCAACUGGCAGAAGUCCUGGAACCUUUUGUUACAGCAAAGGGAGAAACGAGAAAAGUUUUUCUUGAACGUCUACAGUGCUUGAAGUGUUCGGCGGAGUUCAGAAAACCAGUCGAUUCCGAUGAUGCAUUCUGUCCUGACUGUGGCAGUUCUCUCACAGUUCAAGUAUCCUCGCCCGUAAUUCAGGUCGAACCGGUUUUCACUCUCGACCAUGUGACUGGACACGUGGUAGGAAAGCACAAGGAAGCAUCCAAACUGAACGUCAGUUCUAUCAAGACCUUGAAUGGCGACAUGUCUGUUACACCUCUCCACCAGUUAUCAUCGUCUUCUUCCUCAUCGUCUUUCGUUGAAGCUACAGAGGAAAUUCAGAAAGUAGCGAAAACAGGCUGGAAGAUUACGUCAGCAGAGGAUAAAGGGCUUACAACGAAUGGAAUUGGUGCUGCAAAACACCCUGAUGUUGUUCCAAAGUCAACAGAGUCUUCGGAUCAGUCUCCAACUGUACCCGACUUGUGCACCAACACUAAAGGAAAGACAAUUUUGAUCGAAAAUGGCAAAGAUUCUUCCUCUGGAAACGGAAACGUUCAGAAAAAAUAUGUAGUCAAAGACUCUGGAAGGUUUAAAGUGAACGAGAAUGAAAAAUAUGGGAUAAAGGACAGAAGUUCGCCUCAAAUAAGAACAAGUGCUUUAACAAGUUCCUUAAAACAGUCGGGUAACUCUUAUCUACCUCCACGCCCCGAUAUUUCUUCAACCCAGGCGGGUAGAAAUGUUUAUAAUAUUGGAGCUCAAAAUUCAAAUGGUAUUGCAAGGGGUAGAAGCAAACAAGCUGACGUAAUGAUUGACAACCGUCCAUCGACACCACUCGAAUCGAAGUCUGAUGAUUCUGAUCAGGGUGGUGAGUUUAUGAGCCAGUCGCUGCCAACUAACACCGCAAAUGUGGCACAAAAACGCCCACCGAAAACUUCAACAAGGAAAAUUUCAGAACAAUAUUCAAGCGGAAGGUCUCCUGUGACAAGGAAAUUUGGUCGAAGUGUAAAUACUGACAGAGGGCCAACGAAAUCGACGGAAAGCACUCCUCAACAAACGAAAAUGUCUUCGAGUUUACCGAGAACGCCUACGCCAAAACUAUUUUUUAAUAACUUGAUAAAUCGUUUAAAGCCUGGAACUAGUCCAAGCAGCUUGCUGGAUUCUCGGAGCAGUUCGAGUGGUACAAGUUCCCGACCGACGACUCCAAGUUGUAAUGUUAUCGAACCUAAUGCAGCUUUGAACUUUCGCCUAACGGCGGAUGAAUUUUCAAAUUGCGAUCACAAGUUGAAGUUGUAUUUCGAAGUGUCGCUGUUUCGGUGGGGAAGCAAAGAGAGGUUCUGUUGCUUGUUGAAGGCUCCAGUUGUUAUUUAUGGCGACACUGAAGAAACACCUGCCGUUAUGAUUGUAUCCAGUAACAUGUUCUACCUUUGUAGAUUUUCCGUCAGAGGAAGCGGGACACCCGAUGAAUGCCUCACACCACUGGUAUCUCAUCCUUUAGAUAGUUUGCAUUUCAUUGAUAGAGGACUCGGUAGUCAGAGUUUUCGUCUUGAAUUCUCCGCUCAAGGUGCGUGUUAUGAUUUUCUGGUCCGUGACAAAGAUCGUUGUGAAGAGUUCCUAAAUGUGUUUACAAAUGUUGUGCAUAAAGCCAAAACGAAGGCGGACUCUAGACCUGUUGUCGUUUCUCCGCCUCAUCCUCAAACGCUGGCGCACAUUAGGUCUCAAGUCUUUAAGAUAAGACCGGAAGAUCCAAUUUUAAUGGGAGAGCGACUACAUCAACAGGCCGUCCAUUUCGUUGAUCCUCCAUUGAUAAAAGAUCGCAAGAGUUUGUUAGGUACCUAUUCAAGCUGUUUUGUGGGCAGGGAGUUUGUGGACUGGUUGAUUCACGUUAAAGAAGUAGAAACCAGAGUCGAGGGUGUAGAAAUCGGUCAGUUACUCUUGAAUGUGGGAGCUCUGGAGCACGUGUCCAAAAAGCAAGUGUUUGAAGACAAAGAUCAGUAUUACAGGUUUAGCACCGAGAGAAAUGAUUUGGCAGGUGAUUCCUUCGCUGGUGAAAGUAUCCCUGACAUGGACUCUAACAUAGUGUUGUUUAUAAUGGCUUUUCGCUGCUCAAAUACGGAGAGACCUGAUUCCAGCUUGAAUGCUGUCAGCGUGAUUGCAUCGCGGUCUCAUAUAGCCAUUGUCAAACAGAAUCCUCAGUGGCCCGUUCCUCGGUACACAGCACUAUCCCAACCACUCAAGGACCCAGCGUUCGUGUGCUUGGCCCGACACAAAAUCACCGAUGUCACUAGCUUGGAUUUUUUUGAAGAUGAUUCGUGCUUUAUGGGGAUCAGUAUAACAGACGAGGACGCCCCCGUGGGGAACGGCGAGAGUCAGUGGAUUUUGAAGACAGAAACAUUCCCCACCCUUUCCUCCUUGGUCAAAGUGAUCAAGGAACCGUGGGAGGCCCAGUUUGGCGUGGAGCUGCAAAAGAAUCUUUAUCCUUCAGUAAUGGAACAUAAUAUGUAGGCGAAGUGGACGAAGUGGACUGACGUACUCCUUACUACACUUACUCGCUGAGAAUCGAAAAAUUUUUCGUAUGCACGAAAGCACUCUCAACCAACGUUAUCUUUAAUUUCCCAUAAUUAAUAAUCCGCUUUAGAAAUGAAACAAUCAGGAGAUUUAACUCAAAGUUUGUGGCGAAGUUGAGGUAAUAAUUCCCUUAAGAUGGAAGCCUCUACUCUACUUUUUGCUAGCAUCAAGAUGAUGCAAAUUAUGGUGUAAUCUCCCGACCAAUCACAGCGCACGCAAGGUUAAACUUCCAUGGCAACCAUUCUACCAUGUCAAUGAG